AACAAACGCAUACCAACUGCCUCGCAGUCCGUGAUACUACAGACAGUCUGAUGGUGAUAUAUAAACGACGCGAGCUGGACACGAUGGCUUCCAUCAUCUUCAAGAACGUGUUGCAAAAUCCAAUAAGACCAAGCAUUCACUCGCGAUAGCAUACCAAAAUGCCUUCUUCACCCACUUCCCAAACACCUCAACCAUCUUCAAUUCCAACCUCACUGCUCGAUCCUGAGAAGCCUCCUUUACCCCUACCUACGACAGUCGAAGAUGAAAUUAAUAGCCUAGGCCCCGCUCCAGACGGUGGCCUCGUAGCCUGGCUCAAUGUUUUUGGCGGCUUCUGCAUCUUCUUCUCCUGCCUCGGUUUCACAUCUUGCUUUGGCGUUUUGCAAGAGUACUAUUCCACACACCAACUCAAGGACCACGAUAUGGACGAGAUUGCCUGGAUAGGCAGCGUGGCGGCUUUUAUCCAGUUUGCAGGCGGUGCAGUGGGUGGCCCAGUAUUUGAUCGGUUUGGAGUCUGGAUGCUUCGUCCAGCAUCGCUGAUCUAUGUCUUUGGCCUGAUGAUGGUCAGUCUGUGCGACAAAUACUACCAGUUCAUUCUUGCGCAAUCCCUGCUCAUGGGAGGAAGCGUCGCGCUUCUGCAGUUUCUCGCAAUGGGGGUGACAGGCCAUUACUUCGAUAAGCGACGUGCCGCAGCCAUGGGAAUCUUAGUUUCCGGGUCUUCGAUUGGAGGUGUGGUAUUUCCCAUCGUUUUGUCCAAACUCCUGAACUCGUCUUCGUUAUCCUUUGGAUGGUCUAUUCGCAUCAUUGCCUUCAUCAUCCUCCCCUUUAUGCUGUUCGCCUGCAUAGUCAUCCGUCCACGCUUUCCGCCUCGUAAGACAACCAUUUUCAUUGGAGCUGCGUGGAAGACGAAGAAGUAUGUGUUGCUCGUAUCAGCAUUCUUCUUUAUGAUGAUGGGUAUGUGGACUCCGCUGUUUUACAUUCCUACCUACGCGGUUCGUAGGGGAAUGAGCCCACUUCUCGCAUCCUACCUCCUUGCCGUCCUCAACGGAUCCUCGACCUUUGGACGUAUCAUUCCUGGAGUCCUGGCCGACAAACUGGGCCGAAUCAAUAUGUUUGCCUUUGCAGGUAUCUCAACCGGAAUUGUGGUGUUCUGCAUCAAUGAGCCCCGCACCAACGCAGGCAUCAUCGUCUAUUCCGUCUUCUUUGGCUUCGUCUCAGGGACAAUCAUCUCAGCUGGUUCGGCGGCUCUCUCGGGCUGCACCAACGAUCCUCGAAAUAUCGGCACGUACAUGGGCAUGGGUAUGGGUCUUGCAUCAUUUGCUGUCUUGGUAGGCCCGCCAAUCAAUGGUGCGCUACUAGACAAGUACGGUGGGUUUGUACAGGUCUCAGUAUUCAGCGGUGUCGUCAUCCUGUUUGGGGGUAUUCUCGCGCUCAGCAGCAAAUUUGCCACUCCUGAAGGAAUGUGGAGUAAGGUGUGA